UUUGGGAGGGAAAAUGGUCGCAUUUGUAUCAGGGAGGUUGCAAAACUGUUAUAAACGAUUCGAAGCCGCUUGUUUUCACGUUUGUCACCCGAGCUGUCAUUCGUUAUAACUCCUCGGCUGGAAAGGGUCCAAGAUGUUCCCGGAGCCGGACGAGUUCGGACUCAGCUUUUACGAGCUUUUCAGGGUUCUUCCUGACACAAAGAAAAAGCUGGAAUGGAAGAAGCAUAAGAAAGGGAAAUCAAAAGGAAAAGAAAAUCGCAAACCUAAGAUUGAACUUGUUGGAGAAGUUCCCCCAGAAAUAGAAGUUGCCGGCAAUGCAUCUAGCUUUGCCGUAUUCUCAACAGUGCGACUUGCUGUGUUGGAAAGAUGGAUGAAAGAGGCUAAUGACUUAUAUUUGACGUCUUCUAGUAGUGCACCUCCUCAGUCGGCCUCAAACUCCGACAGUGAAGAUGAAAACUCACCACCCACACCACAACCUGCUCGAAUCCCAAAGAUAGUUGGUGUUGGGCUGAGAAGUGUGUUCGAGCUGAUAAAGGAGAGCAGGUCUAGCCAUCCAGCACUUUGUACUAAAGCUUUGACCGCCUUGUUGGAUGUUGUUCAAGGGCAUCAACCGGAAGGUUUGAAAUUGGAACCACCAGAGGUUGUAGAACCACUUUUAGAACUUCUGUUGGAGCUUGCCACUAUGCCACAAGAAGGUAGUUCAAACAGUGCCUCGCAUUUAACUUCAGUGGCCUGCUCUUGUCUCAUCGCUCUAGUCAUUGCCCGAGGUGAUACCGGAAAACUCUUGAGUGCUUUAGCUGCAUUGCUUAUGUGCCCACAUUCAGUAUCACAGCAAAAUAUCCAUAUGCCGAGUAUUUUAGGCGCUCUGCAGAAAAGCGUUCUUGGUGUGGUUUUGGGAAAAACUGUAGCUCCUGAUUGGAUUACUCAUGGUAUACCAAAAUCUGCAUUGCUUGCUCAGCAUGAAAUUUAUGCAAAACCAGAAUUAUCUUCUGAUUACACUAUAGUUGAUAAAGCUAUUGCUAGUGACGGUCUAUACCUAUACGUACACACAUCAAUUGGGCUGCUUAAGAUGGGUUCGGGAUAUGGAGGAACUUUAAAAGGUCAUAUUUACAUUCACAAACCAGAUUUCUUUCCAAAUAAAACAGGGUGGCUCGGCUAUGCUCAAGGAAAAUUGUAUUUCCGAUUGGGUAAAGGAAGUUCAGACCGUGGUGAACUGCUGACGGUGAAUAGUGAAACACUCGAAGUUAAAGAAGUCGGUAAAAUAGAUAGCCCUGGUGUUAUGUUCUCAGACGGCGAGAAUCUUGGAAUAGUUACGCCUACAAAAGAGGAUGGGUUUGUGGUAAGGAGUGUGAACCCAUCAUCAUUGCCCCUUAAUUUUGUAAGUGAGCUUCCAUUAAAGCUAGCUCGGAAAUGUGUUGUGGCCUUUGGGUAUGCUAUGUUUGACGAAGAGACUUCUUUACAUAACUUGAAUUCUGGCGUUGAAGAAGAAACUGCCUCAAUAGUUUCUGGCAAAGAGUUUUCUUUAAUAAGAACCACAGCAGGAAAAUUGUACUUCAGUGGUAAACCAUCUUGCCUUGGCCUCAAGCAAGGAGGCAAAGGUGGAAUUGGUAAAUGGUCAGAAUUGAUUAUACCUAAAGCACCAAAGAUUGUACAGGUUGCUGCUGGGCAUGAUGGCAUGCAUGCAGUUCUCGUCGCUGAAGAUGGUUCGGUUUACUUUACUGGCACCGCCCGACGCGGGGAAGAUGGAGAUCACAGCAAAGUACGAAGGCAGCCCAAAGCAGUCAAGCCUAAAAAAAUGAUGAAAGUCGAUGGCUAUGUUAUCGUAUAUGCAGCGUGUAACAAUGGCACAACAGCUUUAGUCUCUAAAGAUGGAGAACUUUUGAUGUUUGGCAAAGAUACAAACCAUUGUGAGCCAAAUACAGGUUUUGUUACAGACCUGAGAAAUGUACAUGUUACUCAAGUAGCAUUAGGAAAAGCUCAUGCAGUUGCUGUUACGAACAAAGGCCACCUUUACACAUUUGGAAUAAAUAACAAAGGUCAAUGUGGUCGUGAAUAUUCAAAUCAAGUUAAAGAAGGUAAGUUCUUUUUCUUUCUUUCCCUGUUUUUAUUUUAUCAGUAUAAAACAUUCUGUGCAGCUACAAUUGCAAUGGAAACUGCAGUGGAAGAAGAAGGAGGUGAAGAAGAAGAAGGUGAAUGGGGCGAUGAAGGCGGAAUGUGCCCUCCUGGACAGCAUAAGUGGAAACAGGAUCUUUGUAUGGUGUGCACCGUUUGCCGAGAAUGCACUGGUUACAGCAUCAGCUGCCUGAGCAGUAUGAGCACUGACAGAAUCCCCGGACAGGAAUGCGGAUGCGGCGAAGGCGAUUCGGGUUGCUCUCAAUGCGGCGCUUGUCGAAUAUGCGCCAGGGAAAAUGUCGACAAUUCUGACAUGGCUAUUCUCGGCCCAAGUGGAGCGAGUGAUAUUGCUGGAAUGAUGAGACUUGACCUGAUAUUCGGAGAUCAUAAGAAUGGCGUGGCGAAUGGGGCUGUAAUUGCAGGGCGACCAGGUGGAGGGAGAUUUCAAGACCACCUUCAGUGCAGGUUAGAAGAAAGGAAACAGCGACAGCAUGCUAAAUUAAGCAGUAAGCACUCUGCUGUCCUUAAGCUAAAAGGUGCUAGCGCUAUCGGGCACAGAGCACCAGGGUGCAUGAUCCCUCAGGCGAAAGUAAUCCUCUGUAAGGCUGCUUUGUCUGGCCAGCCUAACAAUAUCGGUGCAGACGCAGUUAUGCCUGUAGGGAAAGAUGCAGUCGGUAGUGAUGUUGAAAGGGAUGCAAGUAGAGUGUCUUCUCUUCCACCUGCAAUGGUGGUUUUGCCCGUUGACAGUCCAGUUAUCCAAAUAGCCUGUGGACUACACCAUACAGUCGUGCUUGUACAAAGCGGUGAAGUAUUUACAUUUGGGAGCAACAGCUAUGGACAACUAGGGGUUGGAGAUAUUAUGGUAAGAGGUGGUCCUGUCCAAGUGAGAUUAUCAGCUCCAGCUAUGCAUAUCGCUGCUGGUGGGAAUCACACCGUUGUGCUUACUACUAGUGGUCAUGUUUACACUUUUGGCAGUCACCAGAAAGGACAACUUGGUCGUGGGACGAUGUCGGUAAGUGGCGGAGAAGGAACCAGUAAGAGGAUUGAUUUUGGGCGAAGCCCUUGGCAUUCGAUCCCAGGCUCUGUCAGUUGGGUUGGCCCAAGGCAAGGACGUAGGGCCACAUGGGUUGGGGCUUCUGCAGAUCAGACAUAUCUCAAAGUUGAUGAAAGCCUUAUAAACUCAGUCAGUCUCAGCCAUUCUACAAUUAUGGCCAAUCGUACCUGCAUUGUGCUUGUGCCGAAAAAGUGUGAAGAAGACAAAAGCUUUAGUUGUUUGGUUAUUAACAAACGUGAUGGAAAUUGCUGCAGUUUUAGUGAACAGGAUCAAAUUGAUUUUUCUGAAAGUUCAGUCUGCUUAGAUCCUGUUUACAAUGUGCUUUGGAGCUAUAACCGAGGUCAACUUAGAUGCUACAAUGCAGUCUGUAGUGAGGCAAAAUUUGGUGUUUGGUCAAUUUUAAGUGGACAACUUGCUUUACCAACAAUCCCAGGACACACUGUAACCCGAUCCCAAGCAGCUUUGCAUUUACUUGCUGCUCUUGACACGCUGACAUCUACUGAACACAUUUUGAGUCCCACUGCUGAAGAAAAAAGGGCCCGACAAUCGCACACCAAAGUGUACAGCAAAGAAGAUUUCUCAACUGUUAGCCGAUUUGAAAGUCAUGGAGGUGGCUGGGGAUAUUCAGGUCACUCAAUUGAAGCCAUAAGGUUUAUGUCUGAUACUGACAUUCUCAUUGGAGGUUUUGGUCUGUUCGGCGGAAGAGGGGAAUAUACUGGAAAGAUAAAGCUGUUUGACAUUGGAACAGAAGGAGGAGAACAGGAAAAUGAUGGGGAAUUGCUGGCCGAAACUGAAGAAAUUCCAUAUGAAUGUGGUCCUCGACAGAAGUAUCCAAUGCUCUUUGAAGAGCCGAUAUCACUUUUGGCAAACCGCUGGUAUGUUGCUUGGGCUAGGGUCAGUGGUCCAUCUAGCGAUUGUGGUUCUAGUGGACAGGGCAUGGUCACAACUGAAGAUCAGGUUGUCUUUUAUUUCAAAUCUUCAAAAAAGUCAAACAACGGUACAGAUGUUAAUGCUGGCCAGAUACCUCAGCUGCUUUAUAGAGUUGUCACACCAGAAAGUCAAGCGCCAAACAGGCAAGCAGAUUCAUCCGAACCAGCUUGUAUUUUAUCAAGAGAGUUUUCUAGAGCUGUGACAAGGGAUGGAUUGCAGUCAUUACUUGCACUAUUGCGCUGGAGUUGGAGCACAUUUAAAGUUGGCCUACUUGAUAUGGUCAAUUCUUUAUAUACGAACGCACAUCAGUAUGAAUUUCGAAUUGGAAUACAAGAACAAGAAAGGCUGGUUUACAUAAGCAAGGCCUGCCUUCGACUUCUUCGGAUGUACACAAAUGAAAUUUAUCCUAAUCAAAUUGUAUGUAAAAGACAAGUCCCUGAAUCAGUUCUUCUUGCUGAAUGUGUUGGAGAUAUUAGAGCUCUGCUGAAACAGAUUUUGUCGGACACAACUGUGAAAUGUGACCCAAGGCCAAAAGGAAUUCUUGCCGUUGGUGCCAAUAAGCAACUUGUGGAGGACAUUAUGAACGAGUGCCAUCACACUUUUGUAGCUUGUUUUCACGCAUUUUAUCCUACAGCAUAUCUCAAAUGGACUGCUCUUUGUGACCUCCUUGCCAGCAUAAAUAGAAAAAACAAUGGUGGAAUUGAUCAAUUGUUGACGUCUCUGUUGGCUUCACUUCGUUGCCCUUCUAUUAGGCUGAGAUCGACAUUCCCAAUUUUGAGCCCUAACAUGGAUGCACCUGAUUCACUUAAAAAACAAUUAUCACCAUCUGAUAACUCAGGGCUUCCUAUGAUGCCUUACCUGGAUACACACCAUUAUCCCAUACUUGUUGAACAGAUGAGCUACAGGAGUCAAAUCGAAGGCGGGGGUUUAGGAAGUGGCUGGGUACUCCGAGAUGUACUCGAUCGCCUCUUGGAUAUAGUUACAAUACCAGUUAAAGAAAGUUUAUAUGAAGCUCCACUCUCUUAUUCAAUGAAACUGACAUUCAAUGCUUGUCACAUUCUUUCAAGAAUUGUCGCAGAACUGGCCAUAUUCGCAAGUGGAACUACGGAUGACAUGGACGGUGCAUGCGGUCGUGUUCUCCAUUCCACUCCAUCUAGAUUUACGAGGACAAAUCAAAGUCGAACUUGGAAUACUGGAAAUGGAUCACCGGAUGCCAUCUGCCUCUCUGUAGACCGACCUGGUGUUGUCAUUGCAGGGGUUGGAGUAUAUGGAGGAGUUGGAAGCUAUGAUUAUGAGCUAGAAAUCUUAGAUGAUAGUAACACAAGCUACGAUCAUACUCAUACUCAGAGAUGGAACAGUUUACAAGUCACCAGGGGAUCCUUUGGACCAGAAGAUUGCUUAAAUGAUGACAUUGCUGAAAUUAAAUUUGAUUUUCCAGUGUUUGUGAAAGAAAAUGUAAAGUAUGCCAUCAGGCUAAGGAAUCAUGGUGGGAGAACAAGUAAUGGCGAUGGAGGGCUUAGCACUGUAAAAGGCCCUGAUGGGGUAGUGUUUACUUUUUCAACUUGUUCACUCAGUUUUAAUGGCACAACGCAGACGAGAGGACAAAUACCUACUAUUCUUUACUACAGCAAUCCACAAGAUUCAGAGACCCAUGCUCAGAAUAAAGGUGCAAUUGAGUCUCAAGCUCGAAGAAUCACUUUAAAUGUGACCUCAGCGAUCGUUACAAGAUGUUCUGAAGUUUUGGCCAUGGGUAGAGAUGUUGACAAUAUCAAAUCGUAUGACACUCUCAGUACAUCUCAUCUUGUCAGAAUUUUACUUCCAUUAGUUGUCGCCAACAUUAGCCCACUUGCAACUUCAGAUCCACGUAGUGCAGUUCAAGUUCUUGGUCUAUUGCAAGAACUUUUACCACAUGUAUCUGCGUUGAACCUUCUCCAUUAUGAGUCCUUCAGGUCCUGUUCAGAUGAGACAGCACAUGACCAAGCAGGGGUUACAACGUCCAAUCAUAGGGCUUGGGUAGAAAGUGAUCAUCCUUACAAACCAGCAACAGUCUCAAAUUACAAGGUUGUUUUUCCGGAUUCGGUUCAGUGGAUGGCAUUGGAAUUCACUGUAGAUUGUGGCACUGCUCAGGCAGAAGAUUCACUACAACUUUAUAUCCCAGCCAAUAGAAGAUUGUGCAUUUCUGGUGAAGACAUAAAUUCUGAUUUGACACCUUACUGGCCAGUACUUCAUCGUUUUAAUAAUAACCCAGCUCUGUGGCCUCAAUCUGCUGUCAUUCUUCCAGGAAAUGAAGUUGUAUUUUCUUUGGAAACAGCUUCAGACUAUGUUAAAGAUGAAAAAGCCAACUUUUAUGGUUUUAAGUGUUUAGUCACAGGUUAUGACUGGCACACAGAUAUAUACGAUGGUUUAAAACUCCUCGAAACAGAACUCGCAUUUCUAGGUGGAAUGUGUUCUGCUUCGCUUAUGAAAAAAGACCUUAUUUUACCACCAUCAUCAGCUGAUGAAUUAGAUGAAGACAUGGAAGUCGUUGAAGAAUUGGCCCAGCAGGUGUACUCGAAGCAUUCAUCAUUGCUUGGAAAAGGAUUUGCCCUGGCGAAUCCGCUCUCAAUAAAUCAAGCUUUAGAUGGGGUUCUUCCAUACAGUUGUCAUUCGAACGAGCGUCUGUUCCUAAGGGAUUUCGUACAGUGCGCACCUGGAACGAGCGGAGGGCGUCUCUCGAGAUGGCUCCAGCCGGAAUCGUACGUCGACCCUGGACGAUCAGAGUUGCUGUACUCGAGGGAGGACAUGAGAUGCGGAUGGCCAGCCCUGCUGACCGUACUCACAAAAGACCAGUAUGGAGACGUGGUUCACGUACCAAGUUUAAAGAUUGAAGUGAAAGCUGUUCCUAUUGACAAAAAGGAACUAGGAGGCUCAGACGCAAAUAGGAAAAUGCGUAGAAUAAGUCAACCAGAUGAACUGACAUUCGGAGGUCAUGCCUUACCCUGCCUCGAUGUACCGUACGAGGUGACAAUCAAGGAUAAAAUGUGUUACGCAGCCAUAACAAUCAUGAAGGCAUACGAAAAUUAUUCUUUUGAAGAAUUGCGUUACACAUCUCCUGUGAUCAAAAGAUCGAGUGAAAACAUGCUAGUCAGGCCUAACUGUGACGGUUCGUACAGUGCCACUUGGACACCGGCGAGUAUCGGGUGGUAUUCAAUACUCACAACAAUUGACGGCUACCCAAUGCAUGAAGGGUAUAAAGUAGAAGUGAAAGAACCUCCUCAGGGUAUGACACCUCCGUCUCAAUCCGUUGUGAGAAAAGCGACUCAACAGCCGAACAAAUUGAGAAAAUUUGUCGCAAGAAAUUCAGCCGGGUUGAGAGUCAGGGCUCACCCCUCUCUUCAAAGUGAACAGAUUGGGGUGGUUCAUGUUAAUGGAACAAUAGCUUUCAUCGACGAGAUACACAAUGAUGAUGGCGUUUGGCUUAGAUUGAACCAGGAGACAAUUCGACAAUACUGCGAAGGUGCCUAUGCUGAAGCUUGGUGUCUUCAAUUUAAUCAACAUCUUGGUAAAACAUUACUCCUUCCCGUUCAGGAGCCAAAAUCAAUUAUUGAAAAUGCCAUCAGGGAUCCGAAUGUUAGAAAAUCUCCUAUAAUAGAAUCACCUAAAACAAAAAGAGCGACGCAGUACAGAGUCGUUAAAUGCGGAGCAUCAGGGCAUAAUAUCAGAAGUAACCCAAGCCUUAAAGCUCCUCCUGUUGGAAUGUUAACACAAGGAAACUGCAUUACGGUCAUCGACCAUGUGGAAAAUAAUGAUGGAACAUGGGUCGAAUUGGACGAGGAGAGUUUGAACAAACACUGUUUCAAUUGGGAUGGAGAAGCCUGGGCUCUGGCCAUCAAUCGUGAAAAUGUCUAUCUACGACCAGAAUCUGUAGAAAAGGAUAAAGAGUUUACAGAUGAAUGCACGGGCGAAGGCGACGACGAAUUCUUUUCAAAUUCACAAAUGCAAAUUUCACAAUCGGGAAAACGAGCUUUCGACUUUACUUCCACCUCCUUUCCCAUGUUCAGCUCGCAGGGUACGUCGUCAAAUCAACUUCCGUUCGUAUUCGGGUCGACGUCGCACCAAGAGUCUGUGGUUCCAGCAGGAGGGCAAAAGGAGGACAGCAGGUCGAUAUUUAGAGAAGUGCCAAAGUCCCCGGCUUUGACCAAAUGGCUCAAAUCCGACGAUAAACCUCAGCCUGAUAAAAAGACAGCAUGUUCAUCAAUCAAAGAUCUACCACCCGAAUUGCUCGGAGUAUCUGUCAAAGAGCUGGUAAAAGCUAUUGGAGAAAGCCGAGCAAACGGUAAUGGCGUGACUCCUCCAGACACGCCACGAAAAGCGUCCAGAAGCUCAAGUCCUUUGCCGCCGUCUAGGACAUCGCAUAGCGCAAGUUCUAGCCCGCUUCCAAUACCAGCACUUCCAGGCCGCCAUCGAAGCCAAGGGGCUAAGGGGAGUCUUGGGCUCCAACAAGAUAGCAUGAGUAGCAGUCCACUUGCAUAUGGUUCACCUAGGAGUAUUGCUUGGUCACCAGCAGUUGGUAUCGGAGGAGAAAGCACGUCUCAGAGAAGAGGCUCUACGCAGAGUGACACGAGCGCUUUGGUAAGCAGUCUAACCAGGGAUUUAACACCUAGCCCAAGUGGUAGCUGUUCGCUUCACAGUCCAAAUAGCACACCAUCAACUCCAAGAAAGACUAAAGAAACAAAUACUUUUGCACCUGAUACUGACUCAAGCUCCAAAUCGAUGGCACAAGCAGGGACUCAAACUUCACCAGAGAGUGCUGGUUUGGUUGAUAGAAGCAAGCCGAAUCAACAAUUUAGCAGUGGUUCAAAUGAAAACCGUUCAAGCUGUCGGAAAUCCAGAGUUCAGGCUGCUACUUCGAGCUCUGGUAAAAAGUCAAUGUCUCCUCCACCUAUUGUCCAUCCAAGGCAUCACAAAGGCCCAAUAAAAGAAGCCAUGAGUCCGUCAGUGGCUGAAAGUCUAAGAGCUACUUUUGCUGCUUUUCUAUGGCAUGAAGGGAUAGUCCAUGAUGCCAUGGCAUGUGCAUCUUUUCUCAAAUUCCAUCCCAAUCUUCCAAAAGAAGGAGCUUUAGUUGUAACAAGACCAACAGACAGAGUUCGAACAGCAGAUCAAAGACAUUCUCUAGAGGUUUCAACAGCAGGAAAUUAUUUACACAUUAAACCAUCUACUCUUGAGACAUUAACGAGAUCUGCAGCCAAUGCAAAUGCAAAUAGGCACCGGGGCAAACAGCAGAGUGUAAUAAGGGAAGAAGGUACAUCGAGUGCUGGCACUUCUGAGCAUAAAUCUCAAGUGGGAGAUGCAAGAGUUGGCGAACAUACUGUCACUGUUUUACCACCUGCACUCAAAUGCCUUGUUCACCUUUGGGAACAAUUAACUCUUACUUGUCUCCAGGCAUUUACGGUAAACAGUAUAUUUCCAAGCCCCACAGCUCCCAGCGGGAGUAUGAGUAAGAACUCUGGGGAGAAUAAGAGGAAUGCGAGGAAGAAGAAAGAUUGGAAGUCAAGCGGAGGGAGAUGUUCAGGUGAACGAAUGGGCUCUUGUGAGCUGUGCGGGGGUGUUUUUCCCCACCCGGUGACCUACCACAUGCGCCAAAUGCACGCAGGGUGUGGUGCCCAUGCAGGAGGAAAGGGCUACAACAGCGGUGGCAGUUUUUGCGUCGGCUGGGCAGGAAACUGUGGAGACGGAGGCUUUGGGCAAAGCUCGUGGUAUCUCAUUUGUGACGGAUGCCGCGACAAAUACUUAAGAUUGAAAAAACAAGGAUCGACGCAAGGAGUGAAAAAGCCAAGCAGGAAGAAAGCCGCUGUCACCAUGCCACCCCCACAACCUUCCCCUUCUUGUAAAAUAACAUCCCCUACUUCUAACACCUCAGCUGUGACCGAUACUCAUUUAGUUAUGAAGAACAAUGCAAUGUUCCUUCUUGAAUUGUCCGGUGGGGCACAGAAGAGAUUGACAAGCUCUGGGGGGAAUUCGAGCCUGAAUGCCUUGAGGGAAACACCGCAGGACCAGGCAUUCCCGCCACCAGGACCUUUUCAGUGCCUGUUGUCCCUUGAUGCCAUCCAGGUCAACCCGAGUGGUUGGAAAGAUUCGCAUUUUUCAUCGACAUCCGAAAACGUAGUCAUCAGGCGAAGAGACUCUGACAACAAUACUAAUUCACGGCCCGUCUCUGAGGGACUGACAAGUGACAGUGAUAGUGAAAGUGGAAAAGGAAGACUAUUCCAUAGAUCAGUCUCAAUGGGAACAAACGGAGCACCCUGGGCUAAAAAGGAAGGAGAUAUGAAAGUAAUAGUAACGAGGAAGAGAAAUAACAGCACUUGUGAUAUGGUCAAUGAAACUGGAUCCUCAUUGCUUUGCUAUCCGUCAGCAGCACUUCAAAAGCUGGUUCCCAGCAUGAGUCAAUCGGCUAUAGUGAAUAACACAACAGAAAGAUUGACUGUUGAUCUUUUGUCAAGGCCGGUGCUAACAUUUCUUUUGCAACAGCACAAUCUUCCAAGUCUACAUCUUGCAAUGAAACAAGCAUUAAGAAAGGCCACAUGUCGAGUUUAUGGCAUGCAGGCUCUUGACUGGUUGUUGCAUACAGUCACACAAGCAACAUGCUUACACGAUCUGCUCUGGUGGUUUGUCGCAGCGUUGACACCAACUCCAGCGCCACCGGACCACGAUCUCGAACAGCCGCAGUUAAAAGACUUAGAACUACCGGAAAAAAGUGACAAAAAAGACGAACAUGAACUCCGAGGUGUUUGCGAACAUCCUUUGAACGAUAUGGGCAUAGCUGGCGAAGCCGUUCAUCCUUUGCCUUCGACAUUCCACAACCUGCUUCAGACGAUUGCAGAUCUAAUGUUGCUCCUUCCGAUGGGCUCAGCCCUUCAACAAAUGGCCGUGAGAUGCUGGGGAAUCAAUUUCACCCAAGCUGAUCACAUGUUCCUUCACAGGAGUCAUGUUUUUAGCAACAUAAGUAAAAUACUAUCAAGAACUGAAGAAGAACAAGAAGACGCUAUGAGCAUGCAGGAAAGUCAUUUAUCAGCAAAUUCACAGUCAUCAAGUUUUGUCGAAGUGCUUGCCGACUUAACAAGCACAGUUGAGAUUAAAGCGUCUUCAAGGCAGGCCAUGGUCGGCAGCUUAACGGACAAUUCAACCGAAACAUUUUGGGAAUCAGGCGAUGAAGACAGAAACAAAACUAAAACGCUGACCAUUACCUGUCCUCCCCGAUCACAACCUCGUGUUAUAUAUAUUCACAUAGACAAUUGUCGAGACCUUGCGAAUAAAGUCUCAAGUGUGACAUUCCAGUCAGGGCCAAAUGUCGAUGAGUUAUUUAAACUUCAAACAGUUGAAGUCGAAAGCAGGGCAACAGGAUGGAUUAGUUGUUCAAUAACGUAUGACCAGCAUUCAAUUAUACGAUUAGAAUUAAAAGGAGGUGAUAAUUCAAUGAGGAUAAGACAAGUUAGAAUAUUAGGAAGAAUCGAAGGAGAAUCGUUGAGACUUAAGAGGCAACACUCUGCCAUGACGAUUCAGCAAAGGAACACCGAAGCAGAAACACUUAGGGUUUUCAGACUCAUAACAUCCCAGGUGUUUGGAAAAUUGAUAACUGGCGAAGAAGAAGUGCCGGCAGUCGAAGCCGAAGGAAACGAGGAGAGCAACGACCUUAAAGAACACAUGGUCGGGAUAUUAUUUAGCAGGAGUAAACUGACACAUCUGCAAAAACAGGUGUGUGUUCACAUUGUACAAGCGAUUAGGAAGGAAGCGAUUGUCAUGAGGGAAGAGUGGGAAACAAGACUCUGCUCUGCUUCGACUGCAACAUCAGCAGAAGCUCCUGAUACUUACUGUUUUGAAAUGCUCUCGAUGGUUCUAGCCCUUAGUGGUUCAACAGUGGGCAGAUCGUAUCUGGCACACCAGCACGCACUGCUUUCUGAUCUUCUAUCCCUUCUACAUACCGGUUCUGCUCGGGUUCAAAGACAAGUUACUGCUCUAUUAAGAAGAAUGCUUGCUGAAGUUUCCCCCGCUACACUAGCUCAUAUCUUGGGAAUAAAACACCUUCCUCCUACAGAUUUUAGUAUUGUGACUACGCUUAGUAGAUCUUCUGAUAGUAACGUCUUCGACUGCCACAAAAUGGGGAUCCUCGACGUUUUUCUGAGUUGCAUUGCUAAAGCGUUGACGGUACAAGUAAAGACAAAAGGGAAAGAGAGUAAAGGAGUCAGUUCAAUUUCACUUGCUACUUGCAUCCACCCGAGAGAUAACAUAGGGAGUAGAUGGUGGCUCAGAGGAUGUAUAUCGAGAAAGCUAGCUGAGGAUAUCAUCGGUUUAAUACGUGACAUGGCUUCUGGUAAACUAAAUGAAAGUUGGGCUUAUGUGACAAAAGGAGCAGUCGCUGAAAAUAUUUUAAACCUGACGAGACUGAACGAAGCGCAAAGAACUUCAAAUGAUUGUCUUAGAAAUCCUACACUCUGGCUUGCGCUCGCUUCGCUUUGCGUGCUUGAUAGAGACCAUGUCGAGCGUCUUUCCUCCGGUCAGUGGAGAAAUUCAGCCGAUGGAAAACCUCCUCCACCGAGACCGACAUGCAAUAAUCACGAUGAUGGUGAAACUAAUGCAAUCAUUCAGUGCAAUGUUUGUGGAAGCUUGUGUGCUGAAUGUGAUCGCUACCUUCACUUGCACAGGAGAACAAGAAUGCAUCAAAGACAGGUUUGCAAAGAGGAAGAGGAAGCGAUUAAAGUUGAUCUUCAUGAGGGCUGUGGAAGAACGAAACUUUUUUGGGCUCUUUUAUUAGCUGACUCAAGCACUCUAAAAGCUCUUGUUGAAUUCAGGGAAGGAACAAGAACACAGCCUUGUGGAACGGGUGUCUGCAGGUUCUGCGGUGCUUCAGGCUCUUCGGGACUACUAUCCAUCGGAAACGUCUGUGCCGAUCAUGAAUGCCAGGAGCAUGCAAGAAACGCAUGCGGAAAGGUUCACAUGUGCGGCCACGGCUGCGGAGGAAUCGCGAACGAAGUCGAAUGCCUGCCCUGCCUCUACGGUUGCUCGCCUGAAGCCACUAUGCUCAAGCAAGACGCUGACGAUAUGUGCAUGAUUUGUUUCAUCGAAGCAUUAUCUUCUGCUCCCGCCGUUCAGCUGAAAUGCGGCCAUGUCUUUCAUCUCCAUUGCUGUCGGAAUGUCCUAACUAAACGAUGGUUCGGCCCCAGGAUUACAUUUUCAUUUGCGCAGUGUCCAAUUUGCAAAAGUCCUAUAGAGCACACCAUUUUAUCAAAACAGCUGGAACCUGUUAAAGAAUUGAUGGAAGAUGUGAGAAGGAAAGCCGUCAUGAGAUUAGAAUACGAAGGAUUGGAUAAGGGAAGACCUGAUCCGGCAGCAUACGCCAUGGACAGAUAUGCUUAUUACGUCUGUUUUAAAUGCAAAAAAGCCUAUUACGGCGGGGAAGCUCGUUGCGAUGCGGAAUUGGGGAGCGGAGAAUUCGACCCGUCAGAAUUGGUCUGCGGAGCUUGUUCGGAUGUCUCCAGGGCUCAAAUGUGUCCAAAACACGGGACAGAUUUCUUAGAGUAUAAAUGUCGCUACUGCUGUUCGGUCGCUGUUUUCUUUUGCUUUGGAACGACCCAUUUUUGCAACGCUUGCCAUGACGACUUUCAAAGAGUUACAAACAUUCCUAAAAACGAACUGCCCCCUUGCCCAGCAGGGCCGAAAGCUAAACUACUUGAAGGUGAGGAAUGCCCGCUACAUGUCAAACACCCUCCUACUGGUGAAGAAUUUGCACUUGGUUGUGGCGUCUGUCGUAACGCACAUACUUUUUAAGACUUAAGUUAUAAAAUUUAGUCAUUAUUCAUCUAGAUAUAUCACUUUAAACAUUUUUUUCUAAAUAUUCAUUGCAUUAUCUUUAAUGUAUACUUAGCAAACCACUUAGUAAAAAAAAUUACUUUAUAAGUAUUUAAUCAUAAAUUACUUAAACUACAAUAAACUUCCAACAGACUCUAUCAAACUAUUUUGAUAGUUACUAGUCAGUUUGAGUCACUUUUUAUUCUUCUCAGUCACUUCCUUCUCAAAUAAAUUUUAAUUUUAAUUACUUUGACAUUGUAUUUAUACAUUAA